AUGUAUUCUAUAAGAAGCCUGCCUACUGUCAGCUACAGGGUGAAAAGGGAAGGGGAUGGAGCUGAGGACAUGACACAAAUGGAAGAGCUUACUGAGGCAGUAGUAUUGAUAAACCUGAAGACUCGCUUUGAUCAAGCGCUUAUCUAUACAUACAUUGGCAGUAUUUUGGUGUCUGUGAAUCCAUACCAACUAUUUAACAUCUAUGGCACAGAUGUGGUUCUGCAGUACGAGGGCCAUGGCUUUGGAGAUAACCCACCUCAUCUCUUUGCCAUUGUAAACAUUGCCUACACUACAAUGAUGGACAUCAAGCGAAACCAGUGUGUCAUUAUCAGUGGGGAAAGUGGUUCUGGAAAGACAGAGGCGACCAAACUGGUUCUGAGGUACCUCACUGCUAUUCACCAUAAGAGGAACAUUACACAACAGGUACGUAUUCUCGAGGCAACUCCUCUGUUAGAGUCGUUUGGAAAUGCUAAGACGGUCCGAAAUGAUAACUCCAGUCGCUUUGGAAAAUUUGUGGAGAUCUUUUUGGAGGAAGGGGUGAUCAGUGGUGCCAUAACCUCGCAGUAUCUACUGGAGAAGUCCAGGAUCGUUUUUCAGGCCAAAGACGAGAGAAACUACCACAUCUUUUAUGAGAUGCUGGCUGGACUUCCUACGCACACGAAACGGGCCUUCUACCUACAGGAGGCUGAAACCUACUACUACCUGAACCAGGGUGGUAACUGUGAGAUCACUGGGAAGGAUGAUGGGGAGGACUUUAGGAGGCUACAGAGUGCCAUGGACAUUCUCCACUUCAGUCCUGAAGACCAGAGCAGCAUAUUCAGAGUGCUGUCAUCCAUACUGCACUUGGGCAAUGUCUUUUUCCAAAGAGUGGAGACAGAAGUGCAGGAGACAGCUGGUGUGGUGAGCACUCAAGAGAUUCGUGCAGUAGCCGAUCUGUUGCAGAUUUCCCCAGAGGGUCUGCAAAAAGCCAUCACCUUCAAAGUGACGGAGGCAAUGAGAGAGAAGAUAUACACUCCCCUCUCAGUAGAAAGUGCUGUGGAUGCCAGAGAUGCAGUUGCCAAGAUCCUUUAUUCCUUGCUCUUUCAAUGGCUGACAGAACGUAUCAAUGGGCGGGUCUACCCCAGGAACGAGGCGCUGUCCAUAUCUUUACUAGAUAUAUACGGGUUUGAGAGCUUGACGUUCAACAGCUUUGAGCAGCUCUGUAUCAACUAUGCUAAUGAGAGCCUGCAGUUCUUCUUCAGCAAAAUCAUUUUCAAACAGGAACAGGAGGAGUACAUUCGAGAGCAAAUCAACUGGAAAGAACUGUCCUUCACUGACAACCAGGCAUGCAUAGACCUUAUCGCUGCAAAGCCCCAUGGGAUACUCCGCAUCCUUGAUGACCAGAGCUGCUUUCCACAGGCCACUGACAACACCUUCCUUCAGAAGUGCCACUAUCAUCAUGGAAACAACCCCCUUUACUCCAAGCCAAAAAUGCCACUGCCAGAGUUCACUGUCUAUCACUAUGCUGGUCGUGUAACUUACCAGGUCCAUAAAUUCCUGGAUAAGAACUAUGAUCAGGUUCGGCAGGAAGUAUUGGAUCUGUUUAUGCAGAGCCAGAACCGAGUGAGUCAAUGUAUCCCCAUGUGCAACCCAUUUUUUGUCCGCUGCAUAAAGCCAAAUAAUAACAAGGAACCUGGUAUAUUUGACCCUGAGUUGGUUGCUACUCAGCUCAGAUAUUCAGGAAUCUUGGACACAAUCCGCAUCAGGAAGGAGGGCUAUCCAAUCAGAGUGCCGUUCCAUAAAUUCUUAAACAGGUACAAAGCCCUGCUAGGAAUGAAGAAGCCGCCACCUCCAGAUGGAGAUAACUGUGUCAUUAUGUUAAUGAAGCUCUGCCCAAUCAACAAAGGAGAUUAUCAAGUGGGUGUGUCAAAGCUCUUUCUAAAGGAGAAUGUGUAUCAGUUAUUGGAGAGUAAACGUGAUCGUAUGAUGCAUGUAGCUGCAUUGACCCUUCAGCGUUACGUACGGAUGUAUUUUGUCCGGAAGAAUUUCCUCAAGUUCCGUUCGGACAUGUCAAAACUUCAGGCUCACUGCAAGGGCUUCCUGGCCAGGCGGUGGUUUCUGCGAAUGCGUAUAAACCUGAUCAAGCACCGUGCAAUGGUCCGACUUAUUGUCAAUCGCAAAAGAUACAUCAGGGUACCAGAGGAGGAGAGGAGAAGGAUUGAACAGGUAAAAGAACAGACUGUAUUGGUGUCAGACUAUGCUCUGAAUGGCUUCAAGGCAUUGUGCCAACACAAGCUCCUCCAAGCCAUGCAGAAAUCCUACCUAGUCCCUGAAGCAUCUCGAACAUACCCUCUAUCCCUGCUAGAGUGGACUGCCACCCGCAAAAAAGCACACAUGGUGCUCCAGGUGCACUGUUUUGACGGUGUGUCUUUCCUGUGUCCUGUCCAUUCCUGGACAAAUGGAGAGGAACUUGCUGGAGACGUUCUACAACACAGGGGCGUGUCCUCUGAGAGCCGAUGGGGUUGGUCGGUUCUGAUGAAGGAGCCGGCGCAGUGGGUGGAGUUAGAGGGUCACGAUUAUGUUCUGGAUCUGGUGUGUGACCUGGAGCUGCUGCCAGACUUCCCCAAACAGAAGACAUACUUCAUCAUCUCUACUGAAGACCCCAGCAAGGCACGACCUAACGCGAGCAUAAGUCUCUUUGGCAGUGGAUUUGAAGAGGAUGAGGAUGGACCGCUCUCAUAUGCCAACCGAACAAGCGCCGUUGCAACCAACAGCCUACCAAUUUCUGAAGGCCACUACAAUCUGGACUCAGAACCACCCUAUGAUGGCACUCAGAGAGGGAUGGACCGGUAUUUGGACAGCCUGUUUGACCCAGUUCUGUCUGAUGGAACUGGGGACCUUGAUGCAUCAGUUUUGUCUGGUAGGAUGAAGGGUGGAGGAGGUGUAGGUGGUGAUGAAGCACAACCUCCUGCUAGGGUCAAUGUCUCAGCUGCUCUUCAGCCUGGAGCAGUGAGAGUUCUACCACCCAUUCCAGGUGCUUCAGUAAUGCCCAGUAUGCCAGUAGUGCCCUCAGUGCCAGACCCGCAACAAACUGUCCUGGCCCAACAGCAACAAACCAUCAUCAACCAGCAAGCCGUCAUUAUGGCUCAGCAGAUGACCAUGCAGGCGAUGGCUAUGGUGACCAGUCCAGUGUCCAGUCCACCAAUGUCUCCCCUCACCAGCCCCCCAACCAGCCCUCCACCCACUCCCUACAGCACUCUGCCGCCUAGUCCGUACCCCGCCAUCCCUCCCAGCCCCUACGCUAACCUCCCCCCCAGCCCUUACGCCCCACCUCCCCUUUCCAUGUACACAAGCCCCCCGGCGACCAUCCACCCCACCAUCCUCUCCACCUCAAUCAACACCACCCCCAGCACCAUAGACGAGCAACAGAAGCCCCUGGAGAAGAAGAGCAGCCCCCCAAAACCACAGCCACGGAGUACCACCACCACAAAGGCUGUUUCAUCUAAUGGGACAUUAGGGAAGAAACAAGCCCCCGCUGCACCAAUUCAACUUGACAGCAGGCCUGCCAAAAAACAUGCUCCUGUUGCCAUCACGGGUCCCAUGCAUAAGGCUCCGGCUCCUGGCACAGAGGUGGUGAAAUAUUCGGUCUCCAACUCUGAGCACAUCGUUCCCAGCCACAACAUUAAAGAUAUCAUUAAGCAAUAUCAAACACCGCCCCCAGAACAUGUGCCGCAGACACAGAGGCGAGAAGGUAAAGCUUUUGUGAAGAAGAAUAACCCACAUGAUGAGGCAAUGCAGAUCCUAAAAACACAGAGGGACAAUCCACCUCCUCCACAGAGAAAGGCUCCCACUUCAGCUGCUGUGUCAAGAGAUCGAGGUCUCAAACCAACUAAAAGCAGCAAGAAGAAAGCACCAGAGCCACCACUGACUUUACCUCCACCGGUGUCCAGAGAUCUUCCAGUGGAAUCUGAGAGCAUCCAAACACAGCUGCACAGGAGCAGCACAGAGGAGCAUUACCCCUACACAAACGUUCCCUGGAAGAUAUACCUCAGGAAGGAGGUCUUCUAUCCUAAAGACACUUGGAAUCAUCCUCUAGUGCUGGACCUCAUAUUCAAACAGAUUGUUAAUGACACAUUUACAGAAGCCUGUGUGCGCAUUACUAAAGAGGAGAGGCAGAAGAUGAAAUCCUUGUUUGCACAAUAUGGCAUCGAGCCGAACACAGAUGUUCAAGAUGAAAGUGUGAAGAAAGCUGUGAUUACAGCUGCCAGGGAGUCAUGGGAGAUUUAUUUUUCUCGCCUUUUUCCUGCCUCUGGCAGUGUGGGUACUGGAGUGCAGGUGUUGGCAGUGUCUCACUCUGGUAUCAAACUUCUCAAGACAGUAAAAAGCAGCACUGCAGCACCAGACUACUUUCGAGUGCUCCGUCCGUACAGCUACGCAGACAUCCUGUUUGUGACCAUCCCCUCUCAAAACAUGCUGGAGUUUAAUCUGAUGAAUGAGAAAUUGAUUCUGUUCUCGGCCAAAGCACCUCAGAUCAAACAUAUGAUUGAUCUCUUCAUCUCUCAUCUUAAGAAGGAUUCUGAGUAUGUUGUAGCAGAGAGAAACUUCAUCACAGAGGACAGAGCUCUUCUCAGCUUCCAUAAAGGAGAUAUCAUUCGUCUGCAGGCCAUGGAUGGGUUAGAGGAGGGUCAGAGUUACGGCUGCGUGGUGAAGAAAAAGGUCAUUUACCUCGAGGAGCUGAAGAGAGGCACACCAGAUUUUGGCUGGAGGUACGGGGCAGUGCAGGGUCGGAGUGGAGCAUUCCCUAUGGAUUGUGUGGUUCCUGUAGCUGCUCCUGAUUUCCUGAGUCUCCCAGCAGAGAGAAGAGACGAGCCGAGAGACAGACAGGGCCGAGUGGCAGCAUCAGGAGCUAUCGCUCUCGCUGUGGCCUCCACUGCGGCUGCACAUGAGCUGGACCCAUCACUAGAGUCUGAUGGAUUCGGGGAUUUCGGGGACUCUGAAGCUGAGGGGAAUAUUCUUUUGGACAGCCAGUACAACAUGGUGGAGUUUGCCAGGAAACAUUUCAGAACGUCAGAUGGAAGCAAGAGUGAUUCGUUCAGAGAUAAGUCCAAAAAAGGUAAAGGAAAUAAAGACCCUGCAGAGAUGGUGAAAUUCAGCAAGAACCCUAUCCUAGAGUCACUCAUAGACUUCACUGACCCCAACAUGAACCGGGUUGCUUCUGAAAUUUUCCUAGCCAUAAUGAAGUUCAUGGGAGAUCAUCCUCUCAGGGGCCAAUCGGAGCAGUUUGUGAUUUGCACCUUCCUGAAGUUAACGGGGGAAUAUGGACUGAUGAAGGAUGAGGCGUACUGUCAAGUCCUCAAACAGAUUACAGCCAAUACCAGCUCUAAACCUGACAGCUGUCAGAAGGGCUGGCGGUUACUCUACAUUCUGACAGCAUUUUACCGCUGCUCUGAAGUCCUCAAACCGUUCUUACUCAAGUUCCUACGAGACGUCUGCAGAAGCCCAGAAGUGCUUUUUCAUGGAAUUGCUAAAGCUUGUGAGCAGAACCUGAGAAAGACCUUUCAGUUCGGUGGCAGGAGUGUUUACCCCAGUAGUAUGGAGCUCAAAGCCAUAAUGGCUGGUCGAAGCUCAAAGCGACAGCUGUUUCUAUUUCCUGGAGGAAUUGAGAGACAUUUGAAGAUCAAAACCUGCUCGGUUGCACUGGAUGUCAUAGAGGAGUUGUGUUAUGAGAUGGCGUUACAAAGGCUGGAGGCAAUGGAUGAGUACACAAUCUUCAUAGUGAUCAACAGAGGUCAGAAUGUGCGGCCCCUCAAUAAGAGAGAGUACAUAUUAGACAUCGCAACAGAGGCGGAGCAGAUUGAUCCCAACUACAGCUUCUGGUUCAGACGAGUCAUCUGGGCCCAUCCGCUCAAGUUCGACAACGAGCUCUGUGUCACCAUGCACUAUAACCAGGUUCUGCCAGACUACCUGAAGGGUCUGUUGAAUGUCGUACCUCAGGGAAAGAUCAGUGAACAGCAGUUUAACCAGUUUGCCAAACUUGCUGCUCUUCAACACAGAGCCAAAGACAGUCUCUACACGCCUACUAUUCAUGAGUUGACAGAAUACAUCCCAGUUGAGAUCUUUGGCAGACAGGGGCCUCAGCAGUGGAUGCAACUGGUUGCACAACAUGUACAUGCCGUCCAAAGCCUGAACCCUCACCAGACCAGAUCCCAGUUCCUGGGUUUGGUGUGUGCAUUUCCCAUGUUUGGAUCGUCCUUCUUUUACAUCCAAAGCAGCAGCAACAGCACCAUCUCUGCACCGUGCAUCCUCGCUGUCAAUCAGAACGGACUGCACUUCCUGCACAAAGACACUCAUGAGGUGCAGGUGAAGUUCCAGCUGAAGCUGAUUCAGUCGGCUCACACACAGCGGCCCAGCGCUGGAUCCAGUUACCCUUAUGUAGACGUCCUGAUAGGGGACUUAACCAACCACAGAGUCACACAGUUACAGCUGGAACAGGGUCUGGAGCUGUGUCGGGUUAUCGCCAUGCACAUUGAGAAUAUGCUCUCUGUCCGAGAGAAGAGGCUGACGCUGCCACCCAGUGAAAUCACCAUGCUGUAACAAAACCAUAUCCAGAUACACACAGUCUGUAUACGAACAAAUACUAUGCUUUCUGUAUGUUUAUUUUCUAUGAUCGGGUUUUUUUCAAUUCACUGAUUGUCUCAUCAUGACUAAACCAAACCUCUUAAUGCACUGUUUGCACUAAUCAUGUGUAUUUGUUCACAUGUUAUGUA